GUCUGUAAACACUGCAGAUCCACGCCUUCAGGGCCAUGCUCUUCCAUUAACGUUAUUCAAUCUCAUAAAUGAACAUGAAAAUAAAAUUAUUAUUUACUAUUUUUACACAAAAAUACAAAUAAAUGGAAAAAGAUAAAAUGCUUUGACUACACAACACGACAAUCAUAAAACGUAGUAACCUUAAUAACUGGUUUAUUUUUUCAUCACUACUUUUUCUGGAAAACAACACAAACUCUUUUCUUUCCCUAUAAGCGUUUCUAUCUUUUUUCCUCAUUUUUUUAAUCCAAAAUAUUACUAAUAAGACUUUGUAUUAAUUAAUCUUUUCAAAAUAACAAUUUUUUCAUUCAUUUAUUCAAACUUUUUUUUGUUAUAUACUCCUAUAAACAUAUAAACCCAAACAAGCUUUUUUGUUUGAGAAAUUUGUCAGAAAAAAAGUUGAACUUUUUUUGUGUGAAACAAAAAAAAAUGGGUGAAACUGAUAACCACCAAGCACCACCGUCAGCUCAGGCACCGCCACCACAAAAUCUGGGACUUUCAAGGGGACCCACUUGGGUUCCAGCUGAACAACUUCUUCAACUUCAUUAUUGCAUCCAUUCAAAUCCUUCAUGGCCGGAAGCAUUGCUUUUGGCUUUUCAGCACUACAUUGUGAUGCUUGGAACAACAGUUCUGAUUGCAAGUAAUCUUGUACCUUUAAUGGGUGGGAAUCAUGGUGAUAAGGCUCGUGUGAUUCAGUCAUUGUUGUUUAUGUCUGGUGUCAACACAUUGCUUCAGACUUGGUUUGGUUCGAGGCUUCCUGUCAUUAUGGGUGGAUCACUUGCUUUUCUUCUUCCGGUGAUGUCGAUCAUAAAUGAUUACAAUGAUCAUACUUUUCCAUCUGAGCAUGAGAGGUUUACCUACACAAUGAGAACAAUUCAAGGAUCUCUCAUUGUUUCAUCUUUCGUCAAUAUCUUCCUUGGAUAUAGUAGGACAUGGGGAAAUUUAGCAAGGCUGUUUAGUCCCAUUGUCAUUGUACCUGUGGUAUGUGUGGUCGGUCUUGGUCUCUUCGCGAGGGGCUUUCCAUUGCUUGCAGAUUGUGUGCAAAUUGGGCUACCUAUGCUCAUUCUAGUGAUCAUAACACAGCAGUAUUUGAAGCGCCUUCAUGCUAAGGCUGAUCAUAUACUUGAGAGGUUUGCUUUACUUGUCUGCAUUGCCGUUGUUUGGGCUUUUGCUGCUAUCCUUACCGUGGCUGGUGCGUACAACACUUCCAAAUCAAAGACUCAAACAAGUUGUCGCACAGAUCGCUCGUACCUUAUGUCUUCUGCUCCUUGGAUUAAAGUGCCAUUACCAUUUCAGUGGGGUACUCCCAUAUUCAAAGCUAGUCAUGUCUUUGGGAUGAUGGGGGCAGCACUUGUCUCUUCUGCUGAGUCAACUGGUACUUACUUUGCCGCAGCCAGGCUUUCUGGUGCAACACCGCCUCCUCCACAUGUGCUCAGCCGAAGCAUCGGGCUCCAGGGCAUUAGUAUGCUGCUUGAAGGCAUUUUUAGUUGCUGUGUUGGCACUACAGCAUCUGUUGAAAAUGUCGGUCUACUCGGUCUCACUCAUAUAGGGAGCAGAAGAGUGGUGCAAAUGUCAUGCGGUUUCAUGAUUUUCUUCUCCAUUUUUGGAAAAUUCGGAGCCUUUUUCGCAUCAAUUCCCUUACCAAUAUUUGCUGCUAUAUACUGUGUUUUAUUCGGCAUUGUCGCUGCUACUGGGAUUUCCUUUAUACAAUUUGCGAAUAACAACUCCAUAAGAAACAUCUAUGUUUUCGGCUUAACCUUGUUUCUCGGGAUCUCAAUUCCUCAAUAUUUUAUCAUGAACACUGCACCAAAUGGUCAUGGUCCUGUUAGAACAAACGGUGGAUGGUUUAAUGAUAUAUUGAACACCAUAUUCUCAUCUCCACCAACUGUGGCAAUAAUAGUUGGGACAGUACUUGACAACACACUUGAAGCCAAGAAAACAGCUGUGGACAGAGGACUUCCAUGGUGGGUUCCUUUCCAGAAUAAGAAGGGAGAUGUUCGAAAUGAUGAAUUUUACCGCUUUCCUCUCGGGUUAACUGAAUAUAUUCCUACCAGAUUUCUCUAGAACUAUUUUCUAUAAGUGCUUAUAUAUAAGCCUAAUUAAUUUUAUGAGCACAAUUGCCUUGUAAGAUAUGGUUGGUCAAACAAGUUUUUCAUAUAGGCAAUUAGUAGCCAAAUUUUAUGUGGGGUAAAUUAAUUUAUGUGACUUGCUAUUUCUUUA